AUGCAUCCUUGUGUUGUUAUAAUAUUCUCACUUCUCUUGCUAUGUCUUGAGACUACAAGUGCCAACCAAUUGGCAGCAGUGGAGGGAGGAGAUGAUAAUGGCGGUGUGAACAGGUGUUUUGAGAAGGAGAAAGACGCUCUCCUUCAUUUCAAAUCUCUCCUUCAAGACCCUUCUGAUCGCCUCUCUAUGUGGACAGCUGAACAAGACAACUGCUGUGAAUGGAGUGGAGUAACGUGCAACAACCAAACAGGUCAUGUCACAGAUCUUGAUCUGAUGCUCUUUGGUCUUGUAGGUGAGAUUAGCCAUUCAUUGGUUAACUUAACCUACUUGAAUCAUCUUGAUCUUCACUACAAUUCUUUUCAUGGAAACAUUCCUGUAAUCAUUGGUUCGUUGACUCAAUUAAGGCACCUUGACCUUGGCGGCAAUAAUCUUAAUGGACCCAUUCCCAGGUCCAUUGGUUCCUUGACUCGAUUAAGGUCCCUUUACCUUGGCUAUAAUAAUCUUAAUGGAACCAUUCCCACGAUCAUUGGUUCGUUGACUCAAUUAAGGUACCUUGACCUUGGCGGCAAUAAUCUUAAUGGAACCAUUCCCAGGUCCAUUGGUUCCUUGACUCGAUUAAGGUCCCUUUACCUUGGCUACAAUAAUCUUAAUGGAACCAUUCCCAGGUCCAUUGGUUCCUUGACAGAAUUAAAAUACCUUGACCUUUCAUCUAAUUCUCUUUAUGGAACCAUUCCUCCAGAGUUGGGAAACCUCACCAACUUGGAAUUGCUUUCCCUUUCAUAUGCUGGAAUGUGUAGACUUGAGAACCUUGAGUGGUUGUCUCCUCUAUCUCAUUUGGAGGUACUUGAAAUGGAUGGGAUUUCACUGGCCAAAACAAAUCAUUGGGUAGAUGUUAUUCUCAGUCUCCCGAAACUCUGGCUUUUAAGUUUAGAUGGAUGUGAGCUGUCACAGGUCAUGUAUCCAUAUUCUUCUUCAUUUCUCAACUCUUCUUCUUCCUCAUCUAUUGUAGACCUUUCUCUUAGAAACAACAGUCUCACCUCAUCCAUGUAUCGUUGGUUGUUCCCAUUGACCAGCAAUAAGCUUCACAUCCUUGAUCUCUCCAGAAACAUGUUAGAUGGGAUACCCAAAUAUCUUGGUAACCUCUGUAGUUUGGAACAUUUUUACUUCUAUAACAACUUUGGUGUUAUCAAAUUUCCUGAUUUUCUCAACAACUUGUCUGGAUGCACAUCGCUUUCAUUACAACGGUUGUCUGCUUCAGGAAGCCAAUUUACAGGGUCAUUGCCUGAUGACAUCCAAAAGUUUACAUCCCUAACACAUCUGAUCCUCUAUGAGAAUCAGUUAAAAGGAACUAUAAGUAAGAAACUGUGGGAACUGCCCAACCUUAAAAUUCUUGAUCUUUCCGAAAGCUCACUCCAUGGAUUUCCUUCCUCAGAUUACAUGUCAAACCGUUCUCAUAUAGAAUCUAUUCAACUAAGCUCUUGCAAGCUAGGGCCUCACUUCCCCAAAUGGAUUCAAGAGUUGAAAAAUCUUACCAGUCUUGAUAUUGCAAAUAAUGGUAUUUCAGAUACUAUUCCUCUCGAGUUUUGGGACUCAUGGCCUUCCCGGUUGACAUUCCUGAAUCUUUCUUCCAACAACAUAAGUGGGAAAGUACCAGAUCUGUCAUCAAAUUUUGACAGCAAUUCAGUGAUAGAUUUAAGCUCCAACCGCUUUGAUGGUCCAAUAACUAAUGUCUCUUCCACUGUGGCAUUACUAAAUCUUUCCAGAAACAAAUUUUCUGGAGGAAUCUCCUUCUUAUGCCAGGUUGUCCAUGGCUUUUUAGUUAUUCUUGACCUCUCCCAUAACUUUCUAAGCGGACAACUUCCAGACUGUUUGUGGCAUUUCAAAGAACUACAAGUUCUUAAUUUAGAACACAAUAAUCUUUCUGGAAGGCUUCCUGCCUCUCUUGGAUCUAUGAUUAACCUAGAGGCAUUGGAUUUAUACAAGAACAAUUUCUCUGAAGAAUUUCCUUUGUCCGUUAAGAAUUGCACAAGCUUAAAGUCAUUGAAUUUGGGGGCCAACAAGUUUUCUGGUAAUUUGCCUGUUUGGAUCGGGGAAAGCUUAUCUGGGUUGUAUGUUCUUACAUUAAGAUCAAACAACUUCUCUGGAAGCAUCCCUUUACAAUUAUGUCAAUUAGCAAGUCUUCAAAUUCUAGACUUGUCAGUGAACCAUUUCCAUGGAAGAAUCCCCUCAUGUUUGAGUAAUCUUACGAUCAUGGUGCAACAAGGAUUCUCUCAACUACAGAAUUUAGAUCCUAACAAUCCAUUAAUAAGAUAUUCUUAUAAUGUUGACCAUGUGAUGAUCCAGUGGCAAGGAAGUGAACGUGAAUUCAUCAGAAGUAAUAUGAAGUUGUUGAGGAGCAUCGACCUCUCAAGCAACAACUUAACAGGGGAAAUCCCAUAUCAGAUCACUAAUCUUGAUCAACUGAUUGCACUGAACUUGUCAAUGAAUGCUCUUUUUGGAAAGAUUCCAUGGAACAUCAGUGAGAUGAAAAAUCUUUUAACUUUGGAUUUAUCUAGAAACAAGUUUUCAGGAGAAAUACCAUCAACCAUGUCUCAGAUGAGUUUACUGAAUGACCUAGACGUGUCAUUUAAUAACUUGUCAGGGAGAAUCCCAUCCAGCACACAACUUCAGUCCUUUGAUCCUUCAAGAUACGAAGGGAACUUAGGGCUAUGCGGACCUCCCCUUACCAAAAAAUGUUCUGGAGAUGAACAAUCAGGAAUACAACACAUCAUUGGUGAAAGUGAGGGUGAAGGUAUAGACGAACUUCAAGGUUGGUUCUAUAUUGGUGGGGCCAUUGGUUUCACUGUUGGAUUUUGGAUAGCAUGUGGUGCUUUGCUUCUCAACCGUCGUGGAAGAUUUGCUUUUUUUAUGUUUCUUGAUAGCUUCGAAGAUUGGGUUUAUGUGAAGGUUGUGGUGUUCAUUGCAAAUUUGAAAAAAAGAAGAACAUAGAUAGUCAUGUAAAACCAUGUUUCAUUUUUGUAUUUGGCAUGGGUUUUUAAGUCCCAGUUAUCAAUAAAAUUGCCACCAACACCAAGGGUGGCCAUUUCCCAGUGUUUU